UGGGCAUGAAUAUAAAGCCGAGCCGACAACAGUUGAUGUUGAGUGAAGCAACGAAGCGGACGUACAAUCACAACUACUAAGAAAAUGGCCAAGUCGAGUUUUUUGCUAAUGCUGCUGUUGAUUGGCGCCUGUGUGGCAUUAACACUGGCGGCCGGCGAGUGCCCCUCAUCGACAAAGGUAACGAACUGUACGCCCAAGUGUCUGCAUGACAGCGAGUGCAGCGCCAUUGGUGGCAAGUGUUGUCCAAAUAUUUGCAACGGACGCAGUUGUGCAGCGUCCAAUGUGUUGGGCAACUCUGGUGCCGACAAAUCACCCUUUGGCAGCAAAAAUUCUGGCGCCACGGGCACCUAUUGUGGCAAUGUUAAAUGUGGCAGCUUCGAGAAAUGCGAUACAGAUCGCAGCACAAAGCGGCCCAAAUGCGUGCGCUCUUAACUCUUGACUGUUAACACUUUCAGCUUGACUCCAAACAGGACAUAAUAAAUCCUUUAACGAUCUUUAAA